UGGGAAUUCCGGACCUUAGCCGAAUGUGGUAUAAGGAUUAUUCGAGUCAUUUCUAGCUUCCAUUUUCUUUCACGGAAUCAUUUUCUCAGCUUUCCUACGUCAAUUCACCAGAGCCUCGACUCAUCGACCAACUCAGCGGUCGUAACGGCCUCUCGAAUCUGUGCCGAGCCUUGUGACUCAAGUGGUCCGUGCGAUGGCUGCUUCUGAUGCGAGUAUCCCUCACUUUUAGAGCACCCUCUUGAUUUUCUGUCCUACCCCAUUGCUCAAGUUCCUUCGCAGUUGUUGCCUACCGGCCUAGUUGAGUCAUGGGUCGACAAGUGCUAAUUCUUCGUGUCCCAUCACAUCUUCGAGAGAGUCGACAAGCGCCAACUCUACAUGUUCCAUCACAUCUUCCUCGCGAGAUAUUCGACCUCAUCAUCUCUACGCUUAUCUCGCUCUACGACCAGGAUCCAGGCUAUCAAUGGAGCCACCUCCGCUACAUAACACGCUUUCACAAACGACAACUGGAAUCCCACUUCCUGCAUUUCUGGCUCCCUAGAACAAUCCUCACCGUCUACUCCGACCGGGUCGGUGUUAGUGUUGACUACCGUGCAUUUGGCGUAGACAAGAAAACAGGCCUGAUUGCGCGAUUCAAAGCACGCGAAGGCUGGGCGAGGCUGCAGAGGGAUUCGAUGCUGGAACACGAAAAGUGGAGUUGGUGGGAAUAUAUUAUGCGGUCGACGGAUCCCUUCGACGAGAACACAUGGUGGAGCCAGAGGCGAGUCGUUCUGAGAAUGGGAGAAGGCGUGCUAAACGAAGGCUAUGCGGGUGGUGGGAUAUUGAGCAACAUGGUCAUUCCUGGGCUGCAACCGGAUGAUGAGGGGGGAAAUCUGUGGUUCGAGUGGAAGACACUCUUCUCGAACUUGUUCAAAGAGGAGGAAUGCAUGCGCAUGCUGCGCAACGACCUGCUGAAAAAGCACAUGCCGCAGAUUCUCACAAAGAAACUACCAGAGCGCCGAUCUAUGAUCCGAAAAGUCCUCAGCCAGUAUAAAGCCUCGGCUCGCGAGGCUCUGUACUUCUAUCGCCAUCACCUUCACUCCGGCGGCACACUUGCCAACUUUGAUUGCGGACAUUAUAAAAACUGGUACGGAUAUACGCAAUACGACGAAACAGACUAUCCGACCAUCCUCGAAAUUAUCGGCAAAGAAGAGAGCGUGGUAUUUCAGAUGGAGGGGUGGAGGGAGUGGGGUGUCCGAGAGGUUGCCAGAUUGAGGGGGGAAGAGGAUAUGAAGGACUAUAACUAUUGGGAGUCGCAGCCGGCGCAAUUGCAAACGCGGGCGAGGGUUUGGCUAGCAGCGUGCAGAGAAAGGUGUGUUGAGAAGGAUGUGAAUGAGGAGCAGUUAGAGAAAGGGCUGAGGUUGCGUAGGAGGUUGGAGGAUUUCUGGUUGUGAGCGGUGGCUUUCGAGCGGAUUGGACGAUUUCUUCUAUGGAAGGAAAGCUUUAAGCUUCCAACCCCUCCUAACUCUAAGCCUUAUCUGAAAGGGCUUCCGGCGUUACACCGAUGCUUCGAAGAUAUAGAAGCGUGCGCCAUAACUGUUCCUCUGCGCACGACCCCUUCAGCUGAAUUUCUACGUCCACGGCAUGCUUGAUGCCAUUCCACACGCGACCAAGUUGACCGGACAGGCUAUCAAUCUGGCCGACGGAUCCUCAGACCUCCACCAAAGCAGACCCCGAUUAGUCAUUAGGCCGACCACAGGCGCUCCCCAAAGACUAAGGCCAGUCUUCGACGCAUUUACCUAUUAUUGGCCCAAGUCUGCC